GUUCCGGAAGCGCUGCCCGAAACGGGAGGAGCCGAGAUGGCGAAGAUAAAGAACGCGGCGUCGCUUCUCCGUUAGGGACGAUCAUUUAUGAAAAUGGUGAAGAAUACUGGGCCCCCGACAACCUUGUGGUACCUCACUGGAUACUUCCCUCCAGAUAGAUGUAGUUCCAUCGAAGACUACACAGAUAAUGGCAGGAAAAGUAAAAUGGGUGACGGACAUCGAGAAAUCUGUAUUAAUAAACAAUUUUGAAAAGCGAGGGUGGGUCCCAGUGGCUGAAAACGAAGACUGGAACUUCUAUUGGAUGAGCGUACAGACUAUUCGGAAUGUUUUCAGUGUAGAAACUGGUUAUCGUCUCUCUGAUGACCAGAUUGUCAAUCAUUUCCCUAACCAUUACGAGCUGACCCGGAAGGACUUAAUGGUGAAAAAUAUUAAAAGGUACAGAAAAGAACUGGAAAAAGAAGGUAGUCCUCUUGCAGAGAAGGAUGAAAAUGGAAAAUACCUUUAUUUAGACUUCGUUCCUGUCACUUUUAUGCUUCCGGCUGAUUAUAAUUUAUUUGUUGAAGAAUUCCGAAAAAACCCUUCCAGUACAUGGAUUAUGAAACCUUGUGGAAAAGCUCAAGGGAAAGGAAUUUUUCUCAUCAAUAAGCUUUCCCAAAUUAAAAAAUGGUCUCGAGACAGCAAAACAUCUACGUUUGUAUCUCAGUCCACCAAAGAAGCCUACGUGAUUUCCCUGUAUAUCAGCAAUCCACUUCUGAUUGGUGGGAAGAAAUUUGAUCUACGCUUGUAUGUAUUAGUAUCUACGUACCGUCCUUUGAGGUGCUAUAUGUAUAAACUUGGGUUUUGCCGAUUUUGCACAGUAAAAUAUACCCCAAGUACAAGCGAAUUGGAUAACAUGUUUGUCCAUCUUACGAAUGUUGCCAUUCAGAAACAUGGGGAUGAUUACAACCACAUCCAUGGUGGCAAAUGGACAGUCAAUAAUUUGCGUUUGUAUUUAGAAAGCACUCGAGGGAAAGAUGUCACAAACAAGCUGUUUGAUGAAAUACAUUGGAUAAUUGUACAAUCAUUGAAAGCAGUUGCACCUGUGAUGAACAAUGAUAAACAUUGCUUUGAAUGCUACGGAUAUGACAUCAUUAUUGAUGACAAGCUUAAGCCUUGGCUUAUUGAGGUUAAUGCUUCCCCAUCUCUUACUUCCAGUACUGCAAAUGACCGUAUACUCAAGUACAAUCUGAUAAAUGACACGCUUAAUAUUGCUGUGCCCAAUGGAGAAAUUCCUGAUUGCAAAUGGAAUAAACCGCCCCCCAAAGAAGUUCUUGGGAAUUAUGAAAUUUUAUAUGAUGAAGAGAUGGCACAAAGUGAAAUGUCAGAUCGGGAUUUGCGAAGCCGCUCUGGACAGUCUGUUGGACUUAAGGGAAACCGAGCCAGAGAUCCUGGAAAAACAGGGACUUGGAAGUAGCAGAAUAAAUUGAGAUUAUUAUUUUUUUUGGAAAUUCUGUGUGGAUAUCUUUUAUUUUAUUUUAUUUGCUAAAUACUAGUCCAGAGAAAAGAAUAUUGCUCAGGAUAGAGGCAUGUUGAUCAUUAGAUCCACUGUAAUGUUACUGCAAACUUACUAUUAAUGCAAGAUUAUUAUGCUGCAUGUUAUAGUACAAAAUGCAAUGAAUUAAUGGAAACAAAAUAGUUCCCAAGUCAAACUACUUUCUUUGAAGCAACAACUGCUAUCUCAAGCACUGCAACAGAAAUAUGCAUUCCAAGAUUAGUAUUUUUUUUUCUGAAUUGUUCUAGAAUUCUAAAGCAAACUGUUCAAAGCCUAAGUAUUUAUUGCAAACCAAUAUCAAUAUAUUAGAAAUUUUAUUCCUUUAUAAGGCAUGCUGUUGUUCUCUUCAAAAUUAAAUAUAAAUAAAAUUUAAAAAAUAACAU